ACCACAUGGAGAUGUUUUAAACGAGGUCACACACACACGCAAUCUUGCCUGAGGUCCCCCUCUCUCUCCCAAUACACCAAGCUGGAUGAGAUGCAUUGUGUCUAGUUGUGGAGAGCGGCGCAGCUCUCUCGUGGAAGUAAUCCAGUGCUCGUAUUUUAACAGAAAGAGGAUGAGCAGCUAGGACGAGCAGAGCGCUGGAGCUAACGGGUUACUCGUCCAUUGCAGCAGAUAAAUAUUUUGGCAGCGAGAGGCAGAGAGAGAGAGAGGGGGAGAUUUCAAGCAAAUGGUAACCACAUCCAGCCGCGAAUGGAAGGUAUAAAAAGGCCCUUUUUACGUUAAAAAAAAAAACACAACUCCCUCCUUCUCCGAUCGGAAUCACCCGCCGACAGGGAGGGGCAAAGACGAAGGGGCAUUCAUCUUAAUAGUUAUUCGGUUCGUGCAGAUUUAUGGAUUAAGAACCAGCAUAUGGAGAUUAUCGUUAUUUACCUAUGCUCAGCCAGUGUCUUUUGCCUUCCUCUCAUUCUUGGGAGCUCCAUUCGUGUCGGUCUAGGAGGCAAUUACUCCAAUCUCUAUGAAAAGAACAUACUGCCCUGCAAGAAGGAUGAACUCCAGUGUGGCAAUGGUCUCUGUCUUCUCAACUGGCUGCGUUGUCACUACCGGAAGAACUGUGCCCGAGAGUACACCUCCAUCAAGUUAAUAUGCUCAAAGCUGCUGACCAACCAGAGUGGAGGGAGCGCGGGAUACCCGCAGUACAACGAGAGCAGCAGCGAUGCCAGCCUGCUAGUAUCGCCCCUGGUGGUGGCGGGCAUCGUCAUCGGCCUGGUCCUCUUCCUCUCCUGCAUGACCAUCAUCGUGGGAAGCUUCCGGAAGGACAGCCGGCUGAGAAACUCCAACGCCAGGAUGGAGGCCAGUUACGGUAAGCGCGGUGGCGAUCCCCUUCCCUCUCCU